AUACUUACUGCACUGUUUAGUGUCGCAGUGGACCUUGAAUGUGGAUAUCGAGACUGGGAUAAGCGCUCGAUGUUGGCGCAGCAUUCUUACUAAUUAUGCUCCUCGUCACAUCGAACGACUUUGUUUCCUGCACAGAGAGUCAAAUAUGCCUACCUCCCCUCCCGCCACCAAGAGAAUUCGGCGUUGCUUCUUCUUUUCUCUCACUUUUAUUAUUGUUAUUCCCAUAACCUGCCUCGUCUUCGGAGUGACUUUACAUCCCACAGAAUUUCAGUACAAUGCCAGUGAUAACACUUCCAAUGGCUCUAUCCGAAAAAUUUCUCUUCAUGCAGAUUUGGUUUCAGCAAAUCUGGACCAAGGGGUGAUAGUCCUCGACUGGAGCUUUUGGGAUGAUACCUGUGAUCCUAGAGUUAUGGAGUGCGCAAAUGUCAAUAUUUAUUUUGAUGCAAAUCUUCUUCAACAAUCUGAUACGAACAGUAGCAAGGCGUCUGACAACGGUAGACCGACGGAUCCUAUAUUCAUCUGGAAUGUCACUGCAGCGGUCUUUGAUCCUGUUCUUUCCAAUACACCGAGAUUCCAGACAAAACUUGCCGUGUAUGCACCUUUUGAUUAUACUAACCAUUCAGUCAUGCAUACACGUGCGGCCAGUCUGUAUUAUCCCUUCGAUCGCUACCUUGCUGAAGCGUUUGCCUUCGCCAUUGAUGCAAGAACCAAUGACACCGUGCAAUUAUUUCUCGAAUCUACCUCCGGACUCGCUGUAGGCCUUAAAAUCUCAGGGCAUGUUUUCGACACCUCUAGUUUGGCCCGGGAGGGUAUUCCAGAACUUAUCGACGUCUUAAUUACUGUUCAAAGAGGAACUUUGAUAAUAUGGUAUUGCAUUGCCAUCACCAUCAUAUUCUGGAUUAUCACCCUCACGAUAUGUCUUGUUAUGAUUAUGACUGUAGGGUUUGGCUUCCAGCAGAGGAACGAGAUCGUCGUCAUUCCUGUUGGGACCGUGUUUGCCUUUACUCAGUUGCGUUCAACUAUGCCAGGAGCCCCAGACGGAUUUGGUGACAUCUUGGACUUUGUAGGCGUGCUGCCAUGCCUGGUCCUUCUAUCUAUUUGCGCUGUUACAAUGAUCGGAAUCUAUAUUUUCACAGAUCCUGCGAAGGAAUCUCGUGAAAAUUUGACUUGGCCUACCUUUGGUGAGCUAGAUCUGGAUGAAUUCUAAUGUCGGCGUGUAAACAAGUUCCUUCACAGUAAAUGCCCUUGUUCACCUUAG